AAAAACUCUGACUCUUCAGUUUUGCUUUGUUUCUUUGCCAUGGUUUCUCUUUUCUCUUCCGCUACACCCGGCCAAUUCUGUUCUUCUUGUCACUUCCUAUUCUGGAGUUCAACAGGGCAAACAAACACAAACGGAGCGCCAGAACAACAAUGAACGGAACUCACAGCACGGACAAGCCUCUGAACAGGGCAAGUGAGGUUGAUCGUCUCAUCGAUGCGGUCAAAUCCCUAAUCAUCCCCUUCAUCCGGGACGCAGACAACGCCGCCUCUUUCCGAGCCAGCGGCCAGCUCCCCCCAGACAAUCGCAAUGUCCUCGUCGAACCUGAAUCUCUCCGGCCGGACCAGCUAGUCAAGCAACUAGCCCUCUCCCUCCCCUCAGGCGAGGGCGCUGGUCAGCAAGGUCUGCUAUCCACCAUCCAGUCCAUCCUGUCCCACUCCGUCAACACGUGGGACCAAGGCUUCAUGGACAAGCUCUACGCCUCCACCAACGCCGUCGGCGUCGUCACCGAACUCCUCCUCUCCGUCCUCAACACCAACCUGCACGUCUACCAAGUCUCCCCCGCCCUAACCGUGAUCGAGAAGCACACGGCCAAGCAGUUCGCCUCGCUCUUCGGCUUCACCGGCCCCCGCGCCGGCGGCGUCACCUGCCAGGGCGGCAGCUCUUCAAAUCUGACCUCCAUCGUCAUCGCCCGCAACACGCUUUUCCCGCUAUCCAAGAUCCACGGCAACAGCCACACCGAAUGCGGCGCCCCAGGCCCUUUAAUCCUCCUCACCAGCGCCCACGGGCAUUACUCGGUCGAAAAAGCCGCCGUGACGUGCGGUUUCGGCUCUUCAGCAGUCUGGACCGUCCCCGUCGACGAGCAAGGGCGAAUGCAACCCGCCGCUUUGCGCGAGAUUGUCCUAAAAGCAAAGGCCGAGGGUAAACACCCCUUUUACGUCAACGCCACGGCGGGAACGACGGUCCUGGGCUCGUACGACCCGUUUGACGAGAUCGCGGAUAUCUGUGAGGAGUUUGGCAUGUGGAUGCACAUCGACGGGAGCUGGGGCGGCCCGGCGGUCUUUAGCGAGAGGCAUAAGCACAAGAUGCAAGGGUCGCACAGGGCGAGGUCGUUGACGGUUAAUCCGCAUAAGAUGCUCAAUGCGCCGGUGACGUGCUCGUUUCUGUUGACGGAUGACGUCAAGGUUUUUCAUAGGGCGAAUACGUUGCCGGCUGGGUAUUUGUUUCAUGGGCCGGCGGCGGACGAUGAAGAGGAACAAGCGGAAGCUCAGACUCCGGAAGGGGUGACAAAUGGGUGUGGAAACGGGAACGGCUCAGACGAGGUCUGGGAUCUAGCCGACCUGACGCUUCAAUGCGGCCGUAGAGGCGACGCGCUCAAGCUGGCGCUGUCGUGGAUCUACUACGGCGCUGCCGGGUUCGAGCGCCAGAUUGACGGCGCGUUCGACAUGGCCGCGUACUUGGCUGAUCUGAUUUCCGAGCGCAAGGACUUUGUGCUGGUGUCGACGAACCCACCGCCUUGUCUGCAGGUGUGCUUCUACUAUGCGCCUGGCGGGAAGUUGGCAGACGAGCCUGAGCAGAACACGAGGAGGACGAGGGUCAUGGUGGAGAAACUCAUUGCGAGAGGGUUCAUGGUGGAUUACGCGCCGGGCGACAAGGGCAGCCUCUUUAGGGUGGUGGUUAACUGCCAGACGUUGAGGGGAACGGUGGAGGGGUUGGUCAAGGGCUUGGAGGCUGUUGGGAAGGAGGUUGUGCCGCAAUGAGUUGGGAAGGUCCAGAUAAUGUCAUCUGGUGUGCACAUCAGUCACUUCAGCACGACAUCGAUACAAAAGCGAAAAGGGGUUUGUUUCACGAUCUUCCAGCAGCAUAUAGAGAUGACUCGAAAUUCUCUUCAAACACAAUCUCGGGCUUUAGCCGACUAUGCUCAAAAUGACUAGGCCAACAUAUGGGACAUUGUGUUUAAAAUUUCCCUAGAACCCGUUGA